UUGUCGCACUCGCUCUACACGCUUAACCUACAGCGCGUGGCAAAUCUAUCUUUCGACGCGCCUGAGGAGUGUUUGCCCUAAUCGUCACUGUUUUGUUCUCUAUAUUCAGCAUCACCAUGCGCCACCAUCGCUGCAACUUGUUAUCUAAUCUGCUUAAUAUUCUGAGUCUCAAACCUCUCCCUUUCCGAUCUCGUAGUAGUCGUAAGAUUCGGCUUAAAGGUUAAGAUGGAGUCUAUGGACAUCGUUGGUAAAUCGAAGGAGGAUGCUUCGCUUCCCAAAGCAACGAUGACAAAAAUUAUUAAAGAGAUGCUACCACCUGAUGUUCGUGUUGCUCGAGAUGCUCAGGAUCUUUUGAUUGAAUGUUGCGUAGAAUUUAUCAAUCUAAUUUCUUCGGAAUCAAAUGAAGUUUGUAAUAAAGAGGAGAGACGGACAAUUGCUCCUGAGCAUGUCCUCAAGGCUCUUGAGGUCCUAGGCUUUGGGGGGUAUAUUGAAGAAGUUUACGCUGCAUAUGAACAACACAGGAUUGAAACCAUGGAUACUGUCAGGGGUGGGAAGAUGAGCAGUGGAGCGGAAAUGACUGAAGAAGAAGCAUUGGCUGAGCAGCAAAGAAUGUUUGCAGAAGCCCGUGCAAGGAUGAACAAUGGCAUUGCCAUCCCUAAACAACCAGACUCAGAGCCAGAACACAAGUGAACUGCUAACUUUGAGCAGUCAUCUAAUCAUCUUUCAGGUGAAGGCAUGAGUUAUUGCUUUGUAGGUAUUAGGAUAUUAGGAUUCUGUCCUGCAUUAUCUUGUACAGAAAUCACUUAGAUGUUAGCCUUUCCUCUUUUGACCUUAUACGUGUAGUUCAUGAAGCUAUGUCAAUAUAAAUGUGUAUGUAAUUAGUACUUUGCCAUCAAAACAUUCCUGUAUCAUUGUUAUUUAAAAAAUUAUUUGUCACACGCAAUUACUCCCAUAAGUUGAGCAUCUAUCACAAUCUAGAUUAUGUUGGUUGGAG